AUGUACAAGAACCAGCUGCAGGAGCUGGCGCAGCGGAGCUGCUUCAACCUGCCGGCUUACACGUGCCUGCGGGAGGGGCCCGACCAUGCGCCGCGGUUCAAGGCGGCGGUGAACUUCAACGGGGAGCAGUUCGAGAGUCCCGGAUUCUUCACCACGCUCCGCCAGGCGGAGCACGCCGCCGCGGAGGUUGCGCUCGCCGCGCUCGCGCGACGCGGCCCGUCCUACUCGCUCGCUGCCCGCAUCCUGGACGAAACAGGGGUUUAUAAGAACCUUCUGCAGGAAGUAGCUCAAAGAGUUGGGGCACCAUUGCCAUUGUAUACAACAGAGCGAUCUGGCCUUGGCCACCUACCGGUUUUCACAUGCACAGUAGAGCUAGCUGGUAUUACAUUUACAGGUGAUCCUGCUAAGAAUAAGAAACAGGCUGAAAAAAAUGCUGCUUCAGCUGCAUGGUCAGCACUGAAACAAUUGGUACGCGAGGAAGUGAAUUCAUCCAAUGAGCCAGAAAACAAUGAUGAGCAGGAGCAGAUCAGGAUUGCCCGAGCCCUCCUCAAUUAUCGCUUGAAGGAGAAGAUGGCGAUGGCCAAUUAUCCUCAUGUUUCACCAUUCCCUAAAAAAUUUCCCAUGCAGCCAGAGAGGAAGCCUUCUUUUGGUCAAUCUUCUCAGUCCAGCUACUCGAAGAUUCUCCCUCUAUUCCGCCCUAAAUCUAAUUCAAGAUCCAGACCAGAGUCCCCAGCAUCUACUGAUGGUGUAUCACAAAUUCCUGGUUGGGCCAUGGAUAGCCUCACUCCAAGUCCAAGGUCAAGAUUUCCAGCUGCAGAGGCAGCCCCCUAUGUGCCAGUUGGGCACUACCGUAUGCCUUGCCACAGCAUGGCUCCUUCAGUCACAAUUAGGACUGCUGUUCCUGUGUUCUCUGCUCCACCUCUCCCACCUCCGUCUGCACGCCCACAGCAGCUUCCUCCACUCAUGAGCCACCCACCACCAAUUCGGAUGGCAUCUCCAGUUCGCAUGAGGCCAGCCUCUCCAGUGUUUGCCUCCUCAGCUGCAGUUCAAGGGCCGAAACCUGUGAUGCCUGUUCAGUUAAAGAAUGUGCAAGAUCAAUCAAGGAAGGAAACAGCUCCAUCUGUGAUCCCUGUUCAGGUAAAGGAUGUGCAAUACCACCCAAGGAAGAGCUCAAUGUCUCCUGUGAUUCCUGUCUCGGUAAAGGAUGCACAACGCCAGCCUCUUGUGGGAUCACUAUCAACUGCAAUCCCGGUUCAGAUGAAGGAUAUGCAAACCCAAGCCCCAAAGGAAUCACUAUCAAGUGCAAUCCCAGUUCAGAUGAAGGACGUGCAAACCCAAGCCCCAAAGGAAUCACUGGCAGCUCCAAUUCCAGCAAUCAGGCCUUCCGUUAAGAUUGAUUUGCCUGCUCAAGGCAAGGAAGCUUCAGCUGGUGCUACCAGCGAAGUGCCACCUUCUGCUACUGGCAAUAAUGCUGCUGUGGAACGCAGUACAUCAUCAGACAUUCUCUUGGCAAGGCAAUCAAGGGCUGCGGAUGGGGACGAUGAUAAGGCGGAAGCUAAGCACGAGGCCGAGGCUCAAGCAGUGGCAGAGGCAGCCAUCAGGCAGCUGGAGAUCAAUUGA